AUGGAGGCAUCCAUGAUAACGAACGGCGGUGCUGUGACCGUGAAGAAGUCACAACCCGUCUUGGUCCAACCGGAAUCAGCCACACCCAACGGAUUUUACUUCCUGUCCAGCCUCGACCAGGCUAUUCCCAUCACUAUGCAAGCGAUAUAUUGCUAUCAGAGAAGCGGAGACAACGUCGGAGACGUGCUGAAAAAGGCUUUAGCCAAAGUCUUGGUUCAUUAUUACCCGCUCACCGGGAGGUUGGCUCCUACUCCUGAAGGUAAGCUCGCUGUGGCAUGCACCAAAAGGGGCGCGACCUUCAUCGAGGCCAUCGCAAACUGCGAUAUCAAAAUGUUGGGCGACGUUCGAGUUCCCAAACUGGACAUUUCAAGAAAGCUAGUUUGCACGGAUCCUUCCAUCAUGGAUUUAUUAGAAGUUCCCCUUCUGACUGCUCAGGUGACAAGGUUCAGAUGUGGAGGUUUUACACUGGGGAUUGCCAUGAGCCACUGCAUAACCGACGGCGCAGGAGCCAUGACCUUCAUCAACUCCUGGGCCCAAACCGCCAGAGGCAUUCCCAUCACUGUUGUCCCUUUCCAUGACCGGACGAUCCUCAAAUCGCGCGUCCCCCCUCAGAUCAAUUACACCUACAAGGAUUUUGUCUCGAUCACCGACGUCUCCGACAUGGCCAUGCUCUUUAAGCAACGACCCACGAUCUACCAAGCCUUCCAAUUUGACUCCCACAAGCUUGCAACCCUAAAGGGAAUGGCCAUGUCUGAGGACAACGUCACGAGCUGCACGAGCUUCACUGCCUUGGCGGCCCACGUGUGGCGGGCGCGUAGCCAAGCACUGAACAUGAAGCCACGCCAACUCACAAAGCUUCGCAUCAUGGUUGACUUCAGGUCGAAGUUCGAGACGAUGGCGUUGCCGGUGGGUUACUUUGGCAAUGCCGUGACCACCGUGAGCUGUCUCUGCACGGCCAGCGACCUGGUGGAAAGGCCCAUCUCCUUCGCCGUCGGGCAAAUAAAGAAUGCCAUUGAGUCCGUGACGGAGGACUACGUGCGAUCGAGGAUUGACUAUGAGGAUGUCUAUAAGCCUCAGCUCUUGUCGGUUGGCACUCUGGUAGUAAGUUCGUGGACGAGGCUGGCUUUCGACGCGGCAAACUUCGGUUGGGGAGCACCGGCACAGUUUGGUAGCGGUGGCCUGGUGGAGGAACUUGGCCUGUUCUUGCCGGAGGGGGAAGGGAAGAAGGGCAUUGUGGUGAUCUUGGGGUUGCCAAUUUCAGCCAUGAAAACCUUCCAAGAACUUGUCAAGGUGUAA